AUGGGGGGCAAGAAAGAAUCCAAGGCCGCUUACUUCGAGAAGCUCGAUGUCCUCCUCAAGGAGUACAAGAGCAUCUUCAUCGUCACCGUCGACAAUGUCUCGUCGCAGCAGAUGCACGAGAUCCGUCAGUCGCUCCGCGGUGAGGGUGUCGUCCUCAUGGGCAAGAACACCAUGGUCCGCCGUGCUCUGAAGGGUCUUAUCGCCGACUACCCAGAGUACGAGCGCCUUCUUCCCCACGUCAAGGGCAACGUUGGUUUCGUCUUCACCAACGGCGACCUCAAGCAGAUCCGUGACAAGAUCCUCUCCAACCGUGUCGCUGCUCCCGCUCGUGCCGGUGCCGUUGCCCCUGGCGAUGUGUACAUUCCCGCCGGAAACACUGGUAUGGAACCCGGAAAGACCUCUUUCUUCCAGGCUCUCGGUGUCCCCACCAAGAUUGCCCGUGGUACCAUUGAAAUCACCACCGACUUGAAGCUCAUUGAGGCCGGUAACAAGGUCGGAGCUUCCGAGGCUACUCUGCUCAACUUGUUGAACAUCUCGCCCUUCACCUACGGUAUGGGUAUCUACCAGAUCUACGACAACGGCCAGACCUUCGACGCCUCCGUCUUGGACAUCAGCGAGGAGCAGCUCCUUAAGACCUUCUCCACCGCCAUCACCACCAUUGCCACCAUCUCCCUGGCUCUCAACUACCCUACCCUGCCUUCCGUCAUGCACUCCGUUGUCAACUCUUACAAGAAGGUCCUCGCCGUCGCCGUCGAGACCGACUACGAGUGGGACGAGAUCUCCGAGCUCAAGGACCGCAUUGCCAACCCCGACAAGUACGCCUCCGCUGCCCCAUCCGGCGGCGCUGCUACUUCUUCCAACGCCCCUGCCGCCAAGGAGGAGGCCAAGGAGGAGGAGAAGGAGGAGUCCGAGGAUGAGGACAUGGGCUUCGGUCUUUUCGACUAA